AUGUCACAUAAUAGAAGCAAAGUUAAUUGUACAUUUUACGAGAAGAUCGGUGCUUGUCGGCACGGUGAGAAAUGUUCUAGAAAACACAUCAAACCAAGAACCUCUAAAACCAUUAUGUGCCCCAAUCUUUAUCAGAAUCCAGAACUAAACGACGCGUUGAAAUCAAAACUUAAAAAGGAGCAGAUAGAUGAUUUAUUCAAUAAGUUUUAUGAAGACCUUUUCAUAGAAUGCUCGCUUUUGGGGGCACAGGUCGAGGAUAUUGUGGUUUGUGAAAAUGCUAAUGAUCAUUUGAACGGCAAUGUCUAUAUAAAAUUUGCGACAGAAUCACUGACAGAUAAGAUCCUACAGAAUUUCAAUACUAGAUGGUACAAUGAUCGGCCGGUUUAUUGUGAGUUGAGUCCGGUGAGAAACUUCAACCAAAGUGUUUGUAAACAACAUUUCAUGGGGAAAUGUGACCGUGGGGACAUGUGUAAUUUCAUGCACUCAAAGAGACCUAGCGAAGGGUUGUUUGAAGGUUUAUAUCUUAGCCAAGCGAAGUAUUUGAUGAGUCAAGGUAAAUGGGUUGACAAAAGACGUCACUAA